AUGCAUUGGAAUGAUCAGAUUUCCAGUGAUGGAAGUUUGAACUGGAGCAGGAGAGGUGGUGUUGGCGACAGCCGCAGCGGGGCUUUCAACAACAGUGGCCGUAAGCGGCUGCUGCUGCUGCUGUGGUUGAGGAGGAGGAGGAGGAGGGGGAGGGGAAAAGGGCGGAAGAACGAUCGAUAUCUCCGCCAGCUCUCUAUUGUCUGUUUUUUCAACUGCGUUCAUGCAGUGCUGUUCAACUGCGCUUUUCAAGCAAAACAAAACGAUAAUAAAGGCACUGUACACACCCACAGAUCUAUUCAACAAAGUCACAAUACGCAUUCAAUUUCUCUUUGUCCAAAUAGGCCGCUGAGUUCUAGUUAA